AUGUGCUUCGGCAGCCGAGACAAGGGCGAUCGCGGCCUCGCGCGGUCUCGCGAAAUCGAAAAGCAGCUUCGUCAAGAUGAAAAGAAGCUAUCUAAGGAGGUCAAGCUCCUCUUACUGGGUGCUGGAGAGUCUGGAAAAUCUACUGUGCUCAAGCAGAUGAAGCUCAUUUACUCCCAAGGUUUCAGCAGAAACGAGAAGCUCGAAUGGAAGCCUGUCAUCUUCAACAACAUUAUUCAGUCCUACAAGAUUAUUGCCGAAGCAAUGGGCGAGCAUGAAAUCCAAUUCGACAACCCCGACAAUGAGAAACACAUGGCCCAAAUCCUAGUCGACCAUGAGAUAAGCCCUCACGAUUCAAUGCCUGCUGAUUAUCUCGAGCCUAUCAAGGCCCUAUGGGUAGACAGCGGUGUUCGAAAGGCUAUUGGAAUGGGCAACGAAUAUGCGCUGCACGACAAUCUUGCUUAUUUUAUCGAAGAUAUUGAUAGACUAUGGGGAACGGACUACGUUCCAGAUGAUCAGGAUCUUCUCCGGUCCAGGUUACGAACUACCGGUAUCACAGAGACAGUUUUCGACCUCGGCCAGUUGACCUACCGAAUGUUCGAUGUCGGUGGCCAGCGGUCAGAACGAAAGAAGUGGAUUCACUGUUUCGAAAACGUCAACUGCUUAUUGUUUCUGGUCGCUAUUAGUGGUUACGACCAGUGCUUGGUUGAGGACAAGGAUGGGAACCAAAUGAACGAGGCCCUCAUGCUCUGGGAGUCAAUUGCCAACUCUCACUGGUUUGCCAGGUCAGCCCUGAUCCUCUUUCUCAACAAGAUGGAUCUGUUCAAGGAGAAGCUUCCCAAGAGCCCUAUUACGAAUCACGGCUUUACCGACUACCACGGACCAAAGGACGAUUACAAAGCAGCCAGCAAGUAUUUCUUGGACAAGUUCAAGGCCUUGAACCGAAACACCGAGAAGGAGAUUUAUGGCCACUUCACCAAUGCCACCGACACAAACCUGCUCAAGAUUACCAUGGCUUCUGUCCAGGACAUGAUCAUCCAGCGCAACCUUAAGCAGCUCAUUCUAUAA